CCUUUGAUCUCUUUGUUCAAGAAGAACUUUUGGACAAAGAUGUUAUCAAUGACGUUAAAGACCUGAAUUAUAAGAUGGUUGAUAUAGAAGUUUUCACAGCAGAUAGAAAAGAAGCUUUACAACAAAUAAACGUUAGUUUCUCUACAGCUUCAGAUGCAAUGAAUAGCAUUUCAGACAUGAUGAGCAACAGUAACCAACUUAUUAAUGAUUUCGAAAGUGAUUUUUUUACAACUUUGGAUGCACUAAGUAGUGCUUCGAACACAAUAAGUAGUAGUAACCAAUCAAUGGUUAUGAGUGAAAUUGAAUUACAAGAGAUGAAAACAGAAUGUGCACAAUCUAUAGUAGAAGACAAUGGAAUUAAUUUUCAGCCACUAUCCGAAGAGUAUGGUCCAUAUUUUAAAAAUUUUACAGAGAUGUCGCUUUUUACAUGGAUUAAAAAUUUAGAAAAAGGCACUUUAUUUAAUAUUGUGGGUCAAGACAUAUGGGUAAUUGCUGCUUCGGGUGUUAUAACCGCUAACCUCUCUCAAGGUAACGAUCUUGACAAUACGAAGCAUCAUAGUGCUAAUCAAGGAUGCAGAAGUUGUUUGGCACCUAAGGACAAGCUAGAAGAAUUAGUACUAGAGAGAGCAUUACAAAAAACCAUUAAUGAGUAUUGUACUAAACAUGGUUUAAGUGCAACACAAAUUGUGAAUAAAAUUAUUUUGUGCUGGGUGGCCAUUGCAAAAGCAUCCUGUUUAAGUUUUAGUUUUACCUUUACUGAGCAAACCUAUAUGGAAUUAGAUGAAGCUCUAAAAAUAGAACAUGUUCUCCUAUUAAAAGUGAAAUACUCACAACUUUGGGACACUCGUAAACAUCUACGUGAAAAUCAAGGAAGCGGCAAGGAUAGCCACUUUCAAUAUAUUGGACAAGGUUUUCAAAAGUUUACAACAGAUCCAUUACUUCAACCUAUAUUAUCUGAUUGGCAUAUGGCACAGAAUAUUCAAGAAAAAGAUAUGAAUGUUAUUA